GAAGUUCCGGAGGGAGGAGCAGGGGCAGGAGGUGGAGGAGGAAGAGGAAGAGGAGAAGCAGGAAGUCGCAGCACGGAAGCAAAGGGAUCUUUCUCCAUUUGUAACUCAUGGUUAAGCACAAUAAUGUUGUGCCUAGUGGGCACUUCAGGAAGCACUGGCAGAAUUAUGUGAAGACGUGGUUUAACCAACCUGCACGCAAGACCAGGAGAAGAAAUGCUAGGCAGAAGAAGGCUGCGAAAAUCUUCCCCAGGCCCACAGCUGGUCCUCUUCGUCCUAUUGUCCAUGGGCAGACAUUGAAGUACAAUAUGAAAGUCAGAGCUGGUAGAGGCUUUACUCUUGAGGAGCUCAAGGCUGCUGGAAUUCCUAAGAAACUUGGACCAACUAUUGGUGUUUCAGUUGAUCAUCGGCGGAAAAACAGGUCCUUGGAGGGUUUUCAGGCUAAUGUUCAGCGACUCAAGACAUACAAGGCCAAGUUGGUUGUUUUCCCAAGACGAGCUCGUAAAUUCAAGGCUGGUGAUUCUGCUCCUGAGGAGUUGGCGACAGCCACACAAGUGCAAGGUGCUUACUUGCCCAUUGUUCGUGAGAAACCAUGGGUGGAGCUUGUGAAGGUAACAGAAGAGAUGAAGUCAUUUAAGGCCUACGACAAGCUGCGAUUGGAGAGGACGAAUGAGCGCCAUAUUGGUGCUAGGUUGAAGAAGGCUGCGGAGGCUGAGAAGGAAGAGAAGAAAUAGUUUGAGUAUCAGCUGAUGCUGAGAGGCAAUUUUUGCCUGGCAGUUUGAUUGUUGGACUUUGUGUUUUGGAUUACCAAUAGGAGCUGUUAUAUUUGUCAGUUUGAGUGUAUGAAAUUGAAGACUUAAAUGGUGAUUUAAUAGGUUUAUGGAUCUGAUCACAAAACUGCAUCCAUAUCGUUGGUCCUAGAUGUCAGCUGAUUACUGUAGCCUGACUGCUUCAAUAGCGGUGAUGUCUAUUUGAAUUAGCUUCGUGCUUUCUGUGACGUUUAGUUCAGGAUGCAAACAAAAAAAAUUCUCCAAGCUGCUGCAGUGGCGCCUCUGUAUGUAUGUUUCAAUAUGUUGCGCUUUUUC